AUGAAAGUAAACAAAGCAAACGAUACUGCUCUUCAUGUUGCUGCUAUGGCUAAACAAACCUCUUUUAUUGAAAAGUUGGUUCAACUUUGUUCUCCAUCUGACUUAGCUGCCAAAAAUCAAGGUGGCAAUACUGCCCUUCAUUGGGCUGCUUCAUCAGGAGUUGUAAGAAAUGCUGAACUAAUGGUUCAAAAGAAUCCUGAUCUUCCACAUAUUCAUGAUUCGAACGAAGUACCUCCAUUGUUAAGGGCGGUAAUUUACAAACGCAAACACAUGGCUUCCUUCCUCUUCUUCAACACUAAUUUUGAAGCUCUAGAAACUACUCAACCAAUUAAUAUUCUCGUUGCUACCAUCAACAGUGGUUUUUAUGAUAUAGCAUUAAAUAUUCUGGAAAAGAAACCUGAAUUAGCACAACAGCUGCUGAACGAAGAUGGUGAAAUAAUUUUGCAUGAACUAGCUAAAAAGCCAUUCGCAAUUGGUAGCAGCAAUGAUCUUAGCUUUUGGAAAAGGCAUAUAAACUCUUGCUUCAAGGGAGUUUACAAAAAAGCUCGAAUGCACACAUCAGCCCAUCAACUUGUUGAACGGCUAUCGAAAUGUUUCAUGACGGACCUUUCAGUAUAUAAGAUACUGACGAGCGCAGCAGCAGUUGGAAAUGUCGAGUUAUUGAUAACACUUAUUCGCCAAAAUCCGCAAUUGAUAUGGCUCGUUGACGAGGAUUAUAAAAGCUUGUUUCAUUUUAACAUGUUACACUUGGUUGGAAUGCUAGCGGCUCCAUGUCACUUGAAUAGAGUGUCAGGGGCAGCUCUACAAAUGCAACGGGAGCUUUUGUGGUUCAAGGAAGUGGAGAAAAUCAUUUUAUCCGACCAUGUUGAAGUGAAAUGCAACCAAAUUCCAAAGCUUUCUACAGUGGAGAUAAGAACGGACGACCCUGCUGAUAAACUCACACCUCGUGAACUCUUCUCAAAACAGCACAAACAACUACUUAAAGAUGGCGAGCAAUGGAUGAAAAACACUGCAAACUCAUGCAUGUUGGUGGCAACUUUAAUCACAACAGUGGUUUUCGCCGCAGCAUUUACCGUUCCAGGGGGCAACAAUGAUAAAGAUGGCACUCCCAUUUUCCAACAACAUCGAGCAUUCACAAUAUUCGUAAUAUCAGAUGUUUCAUCUCUGGUGUUGUCUUCAACUUCCAUACUUACUUUUUUGUCAAUUUUGACGUCGCGCUAUACAGAAGAUGAUUUUUUGAAGUCGUUGCCAAGCAAGUUAUUGUUUGGGUUACUGACGUUGUUUGUUUCUAUAGCAUGCAUGGUGAUAGCUUUCAGCGCGACCUUCUUCAUUGCGUAUGAUAAAACAAAGACGAAGUUUCCGUUGACCAUUGCAGCAGUGUCCAUCAUACCAAUUGGUUUCUUUUUGUGUAUUUCACUUUAA